AUGGAUACAUAUAUACGUCGUGCAGCUGAACAUUUACAUACACAUCCAUGGCAAAUAAUAUCAUAUGAAUUAACUGAUCAAAUAGUACAAAUUGAAAUAAAAAUUUCAAGAAUAUUUUAUGUUAAUUAUUGUACAUCAAUUGAAAAUAAUAAUAAUAAUAAUACACAUGAACAAUUCAAAUCAAUACAACGAUCAAUUGGUUAUAAACGUACAAUAAAUAAUUAUUCAACACGUGUUAAUCGUUUAUUAUCACGUUGUUCACAAGCUUAUUAUUUAUGUGAAUAUCGUUUAGAUGAAAAUCAUUUUCUUAAUUAUUAUACAUAUAUAAUAACAGAGUUAAGUAAUCCAAAUAUAGGUGUUUAUGAAAUGAAUGUACCCUUAGAUUUUCAUUUACUUAUUGUACUUGAUUGUAUAUGUUCAUUACAUAAAGAACAUCAUUGUACAAAUAUACUUUCAAAUUUAUAUCAUUUUAAUCAAUUAGAAUUUUUAUCAUUAUCAGAACAAACAUAUUUACAAUCUGUAUGUAUUAUCAAAUUAUUUCAACCAACAUCGGGUACUUCCGCUAGUUUAUAUAUAUAUACAUAUCAAGAUAAUGGAAAAUUAUUUAUUGCUUUAUUUAUACCAGAUAAUUGUCGUGUAUUUAUUGGUAUUUUAGAUAAUAUUAGAGAAAAUCAUAUGUCAAAUUUAAAUAAAUUAUUAAAAAAUCAAUGUGAAAAAAGACUACAAAAAGGUAUUGAUACAAAUUUAUUACCAAUAAAUGAACAUCAAUUUCAAGUUAAAGUUGAUACAGAUAUAGAAAAUAUUUGGAAAAGAUUUAAUAAAAUUAUUUCAAAUCGUAAUUUUGAUCGUUGUAAAGAAGGUAUUGAUUAUGAUGGAACAACAAGUACAUUUAGUGGUACAGUUGAAUUUAAAGAGGAAGGUGUUUGUGAUGUUGUGAAAGAUGUAUUUUUACUUUGGUAUAAUGCAUUACGUCUUCUUGUUAAAUCUUGUGAUCAAUUAAAAGUUGAUAAAAAACAUUUUCUUCAUUUUUGA